AUGACACUAUAUGAUCGACUCGAUGACAGCAACAGCAACAGCAACAGUAAUAAUAUAGAUAAUAAUGAGUUGGAGGAUACAUCAACAUCAGGUGAUGUACCAAUCAUUCCUGGAUACGGCGUGGCAACAGUCGAUUUGUUCUGGAGUGGUGGCACGUACUUUGCUUGCUCAUUCUGCAACAGCACGCUCAAUGUUACGUAUGCAUGCAGCUAUGAUGAUAUGGGCCACUGGAACAAUGGCAUCAAUCACUUUUUGGACCCAAUGCCAAAGGAUGCCGUGCUGCAGGCGGUCGGUUUCAACCUGUAUGGCACGUUCAACUGCCAUGCCGACAUGCAGAACGCCGUUGUGCAGAUGAUGAUACAGAAUGAGAACUUUGGCCCGCCCACCACAAUAGCCUACACGGCGCCCUUGUGCCAGUGCAUGCGCUGUCUGACCGUGCAGCCGAUGCCCAUCACAAACGUCACCCACCCGAACCUAUACAACGUAUCGGGCAUCAAUCAGCUGACGACCAACGUCAUUACCAACGGAGUCUGUCUGUACAAGGUGCAGGUGUUGCUCUAUUACACGAUGAAGAAGAGUGGAGGCUUCAACGACCUGUCCACCAAACAGUGGGCCAUCAUCUCUGGUUCAAUCGUGGGUGGCAUGCUACUCAUCAUCGUCACCUUUGUCAUUGUCAAGAGAAAGAUUGGACGCAUGGGCUAUCAAAAGAUCAAAGAGGGAAAGAACAUUGACAUUGGAGAGGUAAAGCUAGGCGAGCGCAUUGGAAAGGGUAACUUUGGCGAGGUCUACAAGGGAUACUGGCGUGGCGCCGUUGUCGCUGUUAAGAAGCUGCCUGCCCACAACAUUACAGAGGUCGUCAUGAAAGAGUUCCACAGGGAGAUCGAGUUGAUGAAGAACCUGAGACAUCCAAAUGUACUUCAAUUCUUGGGAUCAUGUACUAUACCUCCAAACAUUUGUAUAUGUACAGAGUAUAUGCCUCGUGGAUCAUUGUAUAGUAUCUUGCACGAUGCCAAGGUGGUACUUCAAUGGACACUCAUCAGAAAGAUGUGUCUGGAUGCCGUCAAGGGCGUAAUCUAUCUACACAACUCCAAUCCGAUCAUCUUGCACAGAGACCUCAAGUCACACAACCUCCUGGUGGACGACAACUGGAAGGUCAAGGUGGCCGACUUUGGUCUGAGUACCAUCGAACAGACGGCCACAAUGACUGCGUGUGGCACACCAUGCUGGACGGCACCGGAGGUGCUGCGCAACCAACGCUACACCGAGAAGGCAGACGUAUACUCAUUUGCCAUUGUGAUGUGGGAGUGUGCCACUCGCAUGGACCCCUACGCCGGCAUGCCACCCUUCCAGGUGAUCUUUGCCGUGGGUCGCGAGGGUCUGCGUCCGCCUCUGCCUAAGCAAUGUCCACCCGAGUUUGUAAAGUUGAUCACCGAGUGCUGGGAGGAGAAUCCACUCAUGCGGCCAUCAAUGGAGAACAUUAUGCAGCGACUAGAGAUGAUGGACCUAUCAGGUGGUGGUGGUAUUACUUGCCACUUUCACACUAACAACUACCUCUUUGAGAAGGACGACGACGACAAACAUUGGGGACGCAACAACGGCAACAUCAACAACAAACAUUAUUUAUUGGAUCACUGA